GCAGUCCUCAACUCAAUGUUUCAGUGUGUUACAGUACAUAACUAAGAGAAGAAUGGCGUCCAAACUUGCAUUUGCUGCUCUGGUUCUGCUUGUGGUUGCGGGUGGUGAGAUUGGACAUGCCGCGCCGCUCAGGCGCAGUUUGGGUCUUGGUUGGAUGAACGGCAUGAGGGGAGGGUCACCUGGUGGCAUGCAGCCGUCAGAGACUAAGCUUCAAGCUAAUUCUGGGACUAAAGGAAACAUUUACACGAGUGCAGAGGAAGCAAAGUUCGUCAGCCCUGUGCCGGCAUUCGUGCGGCCACCCCGCAUUCCACCAUCCUAAUUGAAGGAUAAUCUGAAAUGUUACGAGCAAAUGCGAACUCAAGUCAAGAUAUCUGAAGGAUACUAGUAUAUAUGAGAAACAAUUUAGUAGGCUUUAUGAUAAGGAUCCUGCUUAGGCCGAAGUAUAGCUAUAAAUAAGAGGGCCUCAAAUGUAUGCUGCAUCGAUGCUUCAAGAGCUCUGUAUCUUUGCAUUGAAGGGAAGUAUUUGUAGUUUGUUUGUAACAUGCUUGUUAUUACAAGUUGCCACCCAUUGUAUAAAUAUCACCAUGGUAUGAGCAUAACAUAUUCAAAUAUAUUAUGGCCGAUUGGCCGUGUUUGGAA